AUGGAAAAUAAUACAGAAGUGACUGAAUUCACCCUGCUGGGACUCACCAGUGCCCCAGGACUGCAGGUCCUCCUGUUUAUAAUAUUCACGCUCAUUUAUCUUGUCAAUGUGGUUGGAACUCUGGGACUGAUCCUGCUGAUUCUCUUGGACUCUUGUCUCCACAUUGCCAUGUACUUUUUCCUUACAAAUCUGUCUCUGGUGGACUUCUGCCACUCCACAGCUGUCAUGCCCAAGGUGAUGGCUGGGCUCCUUGUAGGAGCCCAGGUCAUCUCCUACCAUGCAUGCACUGCUCAAAGGUCCUUUUCUGCAGCAUUUGCCGCUGUGGAAAGUUACCUGUCGGCCUCAAUGGCCUAUGACCGCUACACAGCAGUGUGCGAACCCCUAUGUUAUAACACCACCAUGACAGCACGUGUGUGUACUUGUAUGGCUGUGGAUCCCUACUUCUGUGGUUUCCUGAAUGCCUCUGUCCACACAGGAAACAUUUUCCGGCUCUGCUUCUGUAGGCCCAAUGUGCUCCACCACUUUUUCUGCGAUGUUCCAGCAGUCAUGGCUCUCUCCUGCUCUGAUAAACGCAUCAGUGAGCUGAUUCUCCAUGUGGUGGCAAGUUUCAGCAAUGUGUUUGUGCUCCUGGUUAUCUUGAUUUCCUACCUGUUCAUAUUUACCACCAUCUUGAAGAUGCACUCGGCUGAGGCCUAUCAGAAGGCUUUAUCCACCUGCGCGUCUCACCUCACCACAGUCUCCAUCUUCUGUGGGCCAGGCAUCUUUACGUACUCCCAGCCCAGCUCCAGUCAUUCCAUGGACACAGACAAAAUUCUGUCUGUGUUCUAUGCCAUGGUCAUCCCCAUGCUCAAGCCCUUGAUCUAUAGUUUGAGGAACAAGGAGGUCAAAAAUGCUUUCAAGAAGUUGGUUAUGAAGGCAAAAUUUUCUAAGCUUCACCUUUUAAAGUUGUAG